GGAACUACGCGUCCCGGCGUGCGCCGCUGCGGGCGGGGAGCGGCUCGGGGGCGGGGGAGCCCUGAGGCGGGUGAGGGCGCGGCUGGCGGUGCGCGGCUCUGGCGGUCUCUGAGUUGUGGUUCCCGAGGGCAGUGAGAGGCUCAGGAUGUCGAGGAAUUUCUCUGACACAGGCAGCAGAAAAGAGCAUGUUAAAAUCACGAGUGAACCCAAACCAGGGUUCCUGGAACGGCUCAGUGAGACUUCUGGAGGCAUGUUGAUUGGACUUGGGACGUUUCUUCUGGCUUUCUACGUUCUUUUUACCAAUGAAGGACGAGCUUUAAGGACAGCCAAGUCUCUCGAUGAGGGGCUUUCCCUUGUGGUCCCUCUUGACAGCAUCCACAGCAUCUCUCAGCAGAAUGAGGGGAGACUGGUGCACUUGGCUGGAGCUCUGAGUACAUCUAAGCCUUUGUUUGACCCCAGCUAUGGGCUCUCCAUCCAAGCUGUCAAACUUAAGCGUAAUGUGGAGAUGUACCAGUGGGUUGAAUAUGAAGAUUCCAAGGAAUCUGAGGAGGGUGGUGAGAUUAAGAAAGAGACAAAGUAUUCAUACAAUACAGAGUGGAAAUCAGAAGUUGUGAACAGCAGGAACUUUGAUCGAGAAAUUGGACACAAAAACCCGAGUGCCAUGGCUGUGGAGUCUUUCACUGCUGUUUCUCCUAACGUCCAGGUUGGCAGCUUUGUUCUUUCCAAGGGUCUCGUGGAUAAAAUUGAUGAUUUCAAGCAGCUGAGCUUGUCACACCUGGAGGAUCCCCAUGCUGAUGUUACCCGAAGAGAAGAUUAUUUCUAUCACAGUGACAACCCCAGGCGUCCAGAAGUGGGAGACCUUCGGGUCUCUUUCUUCUAUGCAGGUCUGAGUGGAGAUGAUCCCCAUUUGGGCUCUGCUGACAGGGUGACUGUGAUUGCUCGGCAGCGAGGUGAUCAGCUGGUUCCGUAUCGUACCAAGUCUGGAGAUGUUCUGGAGAUUCUGUACCCUGGGGACCUCUCUGUGGAGGAGGUGUUUCAGAAGGAGCAGGAGAGUAACACCAUGAAGACCUGGGCCCUCCGUGCAGCUGGCUGGCUCUCAAUGUUUGUGGGCAUCAGCCUGAUGACCAGGAUCUUUUACACAUUAGUGGACUGGUUUCCCGUUGUGAGGGAGCUGGUUGGCGUUGGCCUGAAGGCGUUUGCCGUGUGUGUGGCCAGCUCGCUGUCGCUGCUGACCAUCGCCGCGGGCUGGCUCUUCUACCGCCCGCUCUGGGCCCUGCUCCUCGCGCUGCUCUCCGCCGUCCCCGUCCUGCUGGCCAGGUCCCGUGUCCUGCCCAAGAAGCAGCAGUGACGAGGAGGUGGUCAGGUUAGAGUCCUGGUUAGAGCCUUCCCAAGUGUGUUUCUGCCCGGUUCCUGCAGCAAGCUAACAGCAAAUCACAGCUCAGCAGCGAGCACUGAACGCUGGGGAGGGGGCUUGAAUGUGAUUAUUGGUACACUUUAUCCACAGGACUAUAGGGUGCUGUUUGUGGGAAGUUAGUGACACCAGCUUUGGGGAAACAAAGCAUUUUAGGUGUGUGUGAACAAGCAGAUUUGUACCUCUUACUGCUUAGUAAUUCCUCCUGAUUUCAGAACUGGCGAGUCCUUGCUGGGUGGGGCACCUUGUUUUGGAGAAAGUGCCAGCUGCAUCCCGUGGACCCUGGUUAGAUGUCCUUAGGAAAUGCGUGUGCCUGCCUGCCUCUGACAAACCCUCCCUCUGCUGCCUUUUCUUGUUUGCACAGUCAGAACACUCCUUUGGCUGAUGUAUUUGGCAGUGCGUGUGUUCAAAGGGAAAACACAGCUUAGGUGAAUUGCACCGAAUACUCAUAUAAGCCUUCUGCUUUUGGACUGAGGAUUUUCAAAGUCAUUGAUGCAAUGAGUGGCCAGGUUAGCAGUGCUCUGAGCUUGGGCAGAUUUAUCAGGACACAUUGAUUUCCCCCAGGUUUUGUUCUUGGUUAAGCAUCCAAAAUGAUAGCCUGGACUAUAUAAGAACGGUUUCAAAAAUUUCCACUUCAAAUUGCACUUAAAGGCAUACUCACAGGUCAUUCACCUGUAAAUAAAAAACAACAUUGACUUUUAUAACUGAAAGUAUAGUCUCAAGUAGUUGAGGUUUUUUUGCUGUGUAUACUGUUCCUUUCUUUAAUUCCACUUAGUAAGGACAAUAAACAUACUCUGUGAAAUUAAGUAAUGGAAAUAUUUUUGCCUGAUUAGUUUUCAUAGAUUUUAGUAGCCUAAAUUGGUAGUUUUUUAUCUUGUUAGAGGAAUGCCUUGUAGUGUUGUGAUGGCUCAUGUUUACCUGCUGUAACCAGUACUUGAGGUUAGAGACACCCUUAAGUCUCUCCACCAAGCUAGAGUCUGGCUUCCAGAUGGGGCCCCCUACACUACUGUUUUGGGAUUUUUCUAAGUAUACACAGGUCAGUACAAAAAUAAUGUUUUCUAUUAUGAAAUCUGUUUAUGACCAUCAGAGGAGUGUUCUCUGUACCAAAGGAACUUGACUUGAACAUUCAUAGAAGCAAACAUUUGCUAGAAAUGAUACUGAAAUAGAAAUCGGAGUUAGAAACCAUAAAUGUUUUGAGAAUUUGUGAUGACUUUAUUAGUCCUAGUUGCUUUCAUUCUGUUGGUAUUUGAAUAGCCAGUCUGGCCCCACAGCUCUGUCCUGGUGACAGCAGGGAGUGAAAGAGCAGGUGAGGAGCUGGCCUUGUGCAUGCACUGGUACGUGGCAGUGGUGCUGCACAGCCUUACACCCGCUCAUGCUCCAGCAGUCAGGAAUUGGGCUCCAUGGGGAGAGGAACUGGCUUUGAGCUGCUGCUGUUGUGCCCAUGAUGCAGAACAUGAACCAGCAUUACUUAUUGGAAAUGAAGUGACAAUUUUCUACAGAAGUGCUGAGCUUUUGUAUAUUUAAUAAAAUACCAUUUUCAAAAGUUUGGUCUGUAGGCUUUUUUAUUAAAUUCAACUAUUGCAUGUUUUAUAUCCAGGAAUAAUGUAAUGUCCAGGUAGUUUAUAGCUUCCACAAGAACUAGUUUCCUAUUUUUGGAUUUUGUUUGUCCUGCAAAUAUUUGUUUUGGGAAGCUGCUCUCUGGUCUGUGUACUGCUGGCAGCCUGCCAUGGGUUUAACUCUCCAUAGCUGACCAGAGAAGUCAGUCACUUCAUUGCCUCUCUAAGAUCAUUUGAAAAAUACAAUGGUUCAACCUGAAUGCUACAGCCCCUUGUAUUUUAAGGAGACCUGUGCAUUCCAAAAACAGACAACAUACUCUUUUUUCCAAACUUUAUUUUGAUCUACAAAUAGAGUACAAAAAUAGAUUUUCUUCUGAACAUAGUUACAUGAAAGCCAUUUUCUUACAUCUCCUACUCUGUGACAAUAUCCAGCAAUGAUUAAAUUGUUUUCCCCUCCAUUUUUGAAGAGACUGUGUCAGUGGACUUUAGAUACAUACUGCCAAAGACAGAUCAGUAUUUCUACUACAAAAGUGCAACAAAAGCUUAUGUAGAUUUAAUAUUCCUCUCUCAACAGAUUUUUAAUGCUAUGGUACUGGAUAAUAAAAAUUCUGUGAAUUUUGUUCCAUCAGUGAGAUUUUGUCAGUUUUAUGCAUUUUGCUCCAGAACAGGAUCUUGAUAAGCAGCAGAAGCAAAUAUGUACAUAUUCAAAUUGCUUAAGAAGACAUACUGAACCCUAAGCUGGUAAUAAGGACAGGGCUUCUCCCUUCCACAGCACAAGAUUUCUGAGAGUCAAUAAAGACGGCAGGCUCAAAAGCCAAACUUGCAUCACAAAAUGCAAGUAUUCUUUAGAAAAUACUAAUUCCUCCAUAUUCUGAUUUUGGGGGUUUUUUUAGACCUUAGAGGAAGUAUCUCCCCCUUGAGACAGAAAGGCCAGAAUUCACCUCACUACUGAUUUGGGUAAGCUAUGGAUCAAAGCAGGCAUCAGCAUUCCUGUGGCCACCUCUCCGCAGACAGAUAAAAAGCAGCUGGAUGCUUUAGUUCUGAGCAAGCAGGGAAAAAUGAAAACAAGAAAAAUGGGAAAAGAGACUGUUGAUGACAUAAGUGCCUCAGGAAACUCAACUAUUAGUUCUGAGUGGUACAAAGGAGAGCAAAAACUUCAACAAAGCAAAGUGAUCUUGGAAGGUGCAGCUCUUCUUCUAAGUCCAUGGACCAAAGAAGAAUCUGAUACCUAAGUGAUAUCUGUG